GAAAAACCAAUCAGCGUCUCCGCGGAUCCCGGUUAUAAAGUCUCCACCGACUCGCCCAGACUGCUUCUUCUCGGACCCAGAGGAUGCGAGUCAUGGGGCCGCGAACAUUUCUCCUGCUCCUUUCGGGGAUCCUGGUCCUGACCGAGACCCGGGCUGGCUCCCACUCCCUGAGGUAUUUCUACACCGCCGUGUCCCGGCCCGGCCUCGGGGAGCCCCGCUUCAUCAUCGUCGGCUACGUGGACGACACGCAUUUCGUGCGGUUCGACAGCGACGCCCCGAAUCCGAGGAUGGAGCCGCGGGCGCGGUGGGUGGAGCAGGAGGGGCCCGAGUAUUGGGAUCGGAACACGCGCAGAGCCAAGGACGCCGCACAGAGUUUCCGAGUGAACCUGAACACCCUGCGCGGCUACUACAACCAGAGCGAGGCCGGGUCUCACACCCUCCAGUGGAUGGUCGGCUGCGACGUGGGGUCGGACGGGCGCCUCCUCCGCGGGUUCUCGCAGGACGCCUACGACGGCAGAGAUUACCUCGCCCUGAACGAGGACCUGCGCUCCUGGACCGCGGCGGACACGGCGGCUCAGAUCUCCAAGCGCAAGUUUGAGCAAGGAGGUCAGGCGGAUCACGACAGGAACUACCUGGAGGGCGAGUGCGUGGAGUCGCUCCACAGAUACCUGGAGAACGGGAAGGACACGCUGCUGCGCGCAGACCCUCCAAAGGCGCAUGUGACCCGUCACCCCAUCUCUGACCGUGAGGUCACCCUGAGGUGCUGGGCCCUGGGCUUCUACCCUGAGGAGAUCUCACUGACCUGGCAGCGCAAUGGGGAGGACCAGACCCAGGACAUGGAGCUUGUGGAGACCAGGCCUUCAGGAGACAGGACCUUCCAGAAGUGGGCGGCCCUGGUGGUGCCUUCUGGAGAGGAGCAGAGAUACACAUGCCGUGUGCAGCACGAGGGGCUUCAGGAGCCCCUCACCCUGAGAUGGGAACCUCCUCAGACCUCCUUCCUCACCGUGGGCAUCAUUGUUGGCCUGGUUGUCCUCUUGGUGGCUGUGGUGGCUGGAGCUGUGAUCUGGAGGAAAAAGCGCUCAGGUGAAAAAGGACGGAUCUACACCCAGGCUGCAAGCAAUGACAGUGCCCAGGGCUCUGAUGUGUCUCUCACGAUUCCUAAAGUGUGAGACAGCUGCCUUGUGGGGACUGAGUGAUGCUCGGUCCCAAUUUGUGACAUCAGAUCCCAGAACCCCUCUUUCUGCAACUGCAUCUGAGUGUGUCUGUGCUCCUAUUAGCAUAACGUGAGGAGGUGGGGAGACUGGCCAACCCUGCCCACCACGGCCUCUCCCCACCCUGACCUGUGUUCUCCUCCCUCAUCCACUGUCCUGUUCCAGCAGAGACGGGGCUGGGCCGUUCAAUCCGUGUCUGCUUCAUAUGCACUGAGUAAUGAUCUCAUAUUUCCUUACUGAAAAUAAAAUCUGUAUAUAUGAA